GCUGAUGAACGUGAUAGAGAAGAGAAAAAACAACGAGAUGAAAAACUUGCUGAGGAAAGACGCAAAGAGGAACAAUUGGAGGCUGAAGAAGAAGCUAGACAAGAAGAGGAGGAAAGAAAACAAAGAGAAGAAAGAGAGAAAAGGGAAUUGGAGGAAUAUUUGGCCAUGAAAGCUCAGUUUGAAGUUGAAGAAGAAGGCUUUGAUGAAAACACAGAUGAAAAUGCAGAACGGAAUCUGCUCCAGGAAUUUGUAGAGCAUAUAAAAGCUAACAAGGUUGUUGUGUUGGAGGAUAUAGCAGCAAAAUUCCAAAUGAAGACACAAGACUGCAUCAAGAGGGUAACAGACUUACAAACUGAGAAAACACUGACAGGUGUUAUUGAUGACCGUGGAAAAUUCAUUUAUAUUAGUCAAGAAGAGUUGGAAGGAGUUGCCAAAUUCAUCAGACAGCGUGGGAGAGUCUCCAUUGCAGACCUGGCUGAGGCAUCGCAUAGUUUAAUCACACUUACUCCAGAGACGUGUUCCAGUUAACUACUUAGAUAUUUUAUCUUUCUUAAAUUAAGAAUGGUGAUAUUGCUUCAGGUUGUUGAGGUUAACAAAUCAGUAUUUGUUUUUAGAAAAGGCUUUGCUAAUAAACUUAAAUUUUUUGAAAUCUUGUACUUUUAUUGCUUAUUCUAAGACUUAAUAAUCUCUAAGUCAUUGAAAGUUAUCCUGCUUUAUGAAAAGCAAGUUGAGAAUAGUCCAUUUCUGUACCCUUUCUGUCACAUGUGAAUGAAAAUGAGAAUUUAAAGGGUGUAAAUUUGUUUGUUUGUUUCAUUACAAGGCAGAGUCAUAUAUUUUUCUAAAAUUUCUUUUUCACUCAUUUCAUAAGGAGUAGGUUUUAAUGUAGGAAAAUGUUUUGAAAAGUAAAUGGAUUGUAACAAAAAUAAAUGUUACAAGAUUUC